AUGGACAGGUCGAUUGUCGAGAAAGCCGCGAAGGGGGCAUCCUUCUCCUCCUGCUUUCUUCGCUCCCUCCGCCCGGCCAUGACCCGACCACACCAGUUCAUCCUCUCCAAACCAUUCCUCCUGAUCUUCAGCCUCUACUUUGCGACGUACUCCACCGCCAACACGGUCGACACCUUCCACUCGACAGUGACCUCCAAGCCCGCGUCGACAGUAACACCCAGCACGAGCAAGUUCCUCGCCACAUCGUCCGUCAACAUGAGUCUGUGCGUGUACAAGGAUUCGUGCUUCGCGCGGAUGUUUGGCGCGUCCUCCCCAGCCGCCUCCGUCUCCCCCGCGGCCGUCGUGCCGAAGCUAUCGUACGCUCUCUUCGCCGUGCGUGACUGUCUCACCAUCUUUGCCUCCUUCAACCUACCCUCCAUGAUCGCGCCGAGGCUCGCAAAUCUGCCACCGGAGGUACAAUCCCGGCUAUCGCGCAUUCUGUCGACAGAUGCGGGACGGACCAAUACCGCUCAGUUCCUGGCCCCGGCGGCUAUUCAGCUGAUUUCGACACCGAUCCAUCUUCUCGGCUUGGAUUUGUACAAUAGACAGGGUCGUCUCGGGCUCGGUGAGCGGUAUUCCCGCAUCGUCCGGGAUUGGAGCGUUAGUGCUUUCGCGCGGAUGGGACGGAUUAUCCCUGCCUUUGGAGUUGGUGGUGUCGUUAAUGCUAAUAUGCGGAAGAGCUUCAUGGCCAAGCUCGAACAGUAA